AUGGAGGAUUGUAAUCCGGUGUCCACACCCCUAGAUAUCAAUCAGAAACUCAUCAAAGAAACAUGUCAACCAAGUAAAGAAGAAACUGAUUAUAUGAAAACCGUUCCAUACCAAGAAGCAAUCGGCAGCAUUUUAUAUGCAGCACAAGUAAGUCGCCCAGAUUUAUCUUUUGCAGUGGGGGCUUUAUUAAGAUUUAAUAGCAAUCCUUCAAAAUCCCACUGGGGAGCGGUUAAACGACUUUUUCGUUAUAUAAAAGGAACACUAGACUAUAAACUGGAAUACUCUCGUGACAAUGAAGGAUGUCUAGAAGGUUUUUCGGAUGCUGACUGGGCUAGUGACUCCGAUGACAGAAAAUCUACUACUGGUUACCUCUUUAAAUACCAAGGGGGACCUAUUUCAUGGAAUGCAAAGAAACAACCUACUGUCGCUCUCUCCACCACAGAGGCUGAGUAUAUGGCUUUAGCCUCAACAUCUCAAGAAGCGCUUUGGCUUCAAUCUUUAUUGCGAGAACUCAUAAAUUGGAAUCAAGAACUAAUAUUACAAUGUGAUAACAAGAGUGCAAUAAACCUCUCUAAAAAUAACAUAUAUCAUGCACGUUCAAAACACAUUGAUAUAAGGCAUCAUUUCGUUCGAGAUCUUGUUGAAGAAAAGAAAUUAAAAGUAACAUAUUUGAAAACUGAAGCGAUGCCUGCAGACGUGAUGACUAAAGGACUUCCUGCAACAAAACACAACAACUGUUGUAGAUUUAUAGGUUUUUUAAAAGUAUAA